GUGUAAGAAGAUGUGAGGUGUGUAAGAUAUUAAAAGUUAUACAGUUUACCACACAAGUUCUGGAUUUGGAUCUGUUUCUACAUCAUUUCUCUAUGAACUCGCAUUCCAACGUUACAGUAUGGGGUGACCGUGUCACUGUGUAUAUAGACAUGUGAAAUGUACUCUACAGUACCUGUGAUAAUCUCUGCUGCUACAUAUAUUCUACUACACAAGAUGGAGAAUUUACACUCACUUAUAAUAGGUGAAGUGACUAUUUUUACUCUAAAUGACGUUUACAUGUCUGCACAUGGGUUCGCCCAUGUUCUCGCAGGGAGGAGGAAUAUACAUAUAUAGCAAUGUCGAGAAAUCAAAAUACACCAUCUUUACCUACGGGUCCACCUGUACCUACACCACGAAGAUAUAAGGAUGUGAAGGGUUUAUCGCAUAUUUAUUUGCAGUGGUUCUGUAAAGAUGCUGGUAUUAAACCAACCGGGAUUGGACGUGAAGCGUUGGAAAUAUUGCUAUGUGACACAAUGGGAAUUUCUACAACAGGGUCACAUAUGGAGGGCCAGGAAUCCAAACUACCUAGGAAUGUAGACCACUGUCUUGAUAACAUAGAAAUAUCCGAAUUUGAAAAAUUAACACCUGGUUUUGUACAGUCUCUAGAUGGCUGGACCAAAGAUAUUAGUCAACUUCCAGAACUCGAUAUAGGGACAGUUAAAAAAUAUUUGCUAUCGAGCAACAACCCUGAUUUUACCAAGGAUGAACUCAAGAAAUAUAAACUGUCAAGGUCAUAUGCACACUUAAAUGCCAAACAUAUUCAUAGUGUGAUGUUCCAUAGCCUGCCAGACAGCAAGACUUUUUGUGUGGUGAAAGCCCAGUGCCUGCCCUCUCAGAGUGCUGAUGGGAAACGUGUAAAAUGGCUGCAUGUCAUUUUGGACAAGUCGACCAGUGAGCCAUAUGGAGCAUUCUGUAUAUGCACUGUUGGGUAUGUUUAGAGGAUAUGAAUUCAGCCCCAAUUGAUAAAAUUGCUGCCGAGAUGUGAUAUUAAGUUUGUUUUUGUUUUUUUACAUUACAGGAGGGGACAGGCUUGUUCCCAUGUUGGGGCCUUACUGUUUCUUCUCUGUGAACUGGUGGCAAAUGGAAAAGAAACACUUCCCGAUGAUCUGGCGUGUACAGAAACAUUAUGUGGCUGGUCUAAUCCCAAGUCUGCGACUGUGCAACCAAAAUUGUUGGAAGAGGUGAAAGUGAGUGGUGACCAAAAAAAUAAACCAACAAUUAAGGAUUACUCUUACCAAGUGGCCCCACAGUUGUCAAAUGAGGAGAAUUACCAGCGGGUACUUCAGCUUAUCUUUGACAUUCGAAAUUCGAACAGAAAGUCUGCCAUGCCACCUGUUGUUAAUAUUAUUGAUUUGAAUAGAUUUAGGAUAACCCCUGUGGCUGACCCUCCUAUCCAGAAACAUUUACAGGAUCAAUAUCUGGAUUCACAGUUUCCAUAUUCAAAGGAAAUCAUAGCCCAGUCUUACCCUCUGCCUAUUUUCAAAUUCACCCAUCCAACUUUGGAGUCGACUGCAGAUGACCAGUUCCAUGACAUUAGAAAUAAGUUUGUCAGCUCGUUAGUGUUAUCUGAUGAAGACAUAAUUAAUAUUGAGAACAUUACCAGAGGUCAGUCUGAAUCAGAAGAAUGGUUUGAGCAGCGGAAAGGGGCCGUUACUGGAAGCAAGGCUAUCCGAAUUGUCAAUUUCUAUGAACAUGAGAGGUCCAAGCCAGAAAAUAUAGUGAGUGACAUAAUGCAAUAUAACCAUGAUCCUGAUUUGAGCAAAAAAGUGCCAGCAUUGGCAUGGGGGCAUGAAUUUCCCUAUAUUCGGGUUAGUCCAGAUGCAGUGUUUACAUGUUCAUGUCAUGGAAGCAAGAUUGUGGAAGUGAAAUGUCCUUACCAAUAUAGGAACAGUGACUUGAAUGAUAUUAUAUCACAAAGCCAAUUAGACUAUGUUGUGUCACGUGAUGGACAACUGAGUCUGCGAAAGAAACACCACAAGGGAUAUUAUGAACAGAUAUUAAUGCAACAAGCAUUGUCUGACAUACAUGUUGCUGAGAUGUUGAUCUGGAGUAAACUUGGAUAUGUUACAGUACCGGUUGACUAUGAUGUGAUCUACUGGGAUGAGACUGUGCUCCCAAAUCUCAAGUCAUUCUUUUCCGAAUAUGUUGCAGCAGAGAUUAUCACAGGUCGGGUGAAAAAAGGCUAUGAGCUUUACUCUGACAAACUACUAGCUCGAGAGAUCGAGUCAUCAAAUAACUCGACACCAUUGCAUAAUGGGACAGAAAACAAAACCCGCACUCGCAUGGAUUCUCAGUCUAAUGACGGCAUGCAGACUGCUUGUCCUUCUGUGGAGGUUGAAAGUUCCCCUCAUGUUGAUGAUGCUUCUGUGCCAUCACCUGCUAGCUUAGAUGUCGAGGAUGCUGUACAGGUAGCUGCUGUUGUUGACACUGUGCCAACUACUGAUGGACAUGACACUGAUAAGCCUACUGUAGGUCAGGUGGGUAAUUGGGUGUUAGGAUGCACAUCUUACUGUAAGGACAGUAGAGCUCCAAACUUUUCAAAAGUCAAAGAUCAGUUGAUAGCAUGUGACUGUAAUUUGUCAUGUGGCCCAAACACUUGGUAGGAUUUAGAAGAAUGCCGUCCAACAUACUGGAUAAGAAAUAUGCUUGCUUGAAAUGCAGAGAACUUCAUCCAAAUAGAGUGGCAGUGAGUGCAGAUAAUGGAUUUUACAGCAAAAUUCCAUAGCAUGUAUCACAAUACAGUUGCCAAUAUCUUAUCAUGGGCUCUGUAACCUGAUAUUAUCACUGGUUGACUGAUCUUGGAACUUGAUGAUUUUUCGAAUGUUGAUUGUGAUUUUGCAUAACAUGACUAGGCAUAGCAAAUGUAACUUCAACUAGGUAUUACAAAACAAUAUUAACUCUAUUUAAGCAGAAAAUAUGUACAAGAUGCAUGAUGCAUUAGUAUGUUGCACUGUUAAUGUUACCCCUGUUAAAGUUCCAUGGUUUUAUCUUUAAUGGUUAAAUUACCUGGUUGCCUUUUUGGCAAUUACUUGUACAAUGUACAUGAUGAUGUAGCUGUGCCAAUAUUUAGUAUUUCAUAGCACUAUGUGAAAGAUGUUUUGUAAAGUUUUUGUAUUGGCUGGAAACAUUGCGAGUUGCUGUGUGAAUAGUGGUCCUGACUUUUUAUAUUGUGUACUGUAUCAAUGGGCCUGAAUUGGUACAUACCGAUAUUAUUGGUAUAUCCUUACAAACCUAACAUACAUGUAGAUAC